CAUUCUCAUCAUAAAACCAAGCCAAACACUCAUAGAAACAAACAGUCUAAUUGGAACCUUCUGUGCAGCAUGUGGUGGAUUACUUUAGUGCUGGGCCUGCUGCUCUUGGGCGUUUUCUAUGUGUUUAUGACAUGGAACUUUGACUACUGGCGCAAGCGUGGCGUGCCCGGGCCCAAGCCCAACUUGUUUACGGGCAACUAUCCGCAUAUGUAUACAAUGAAGCGACACGCCUCCUACGAUCUGGAAGAUAUAUACAAAAAAUACAAAUCCGACUAUGAUGCAGUGGGCAUCUUUGGCUCACGCAGUCCUCAGCUAUUGAUUGUCAGUCCAGAGCUAGCGCGGCGCGUAUUCGUCUCCGACUUUAGGCACUUUCAUGAUAAUGAGAUAUCGCUUAUGGUAGAUGAGAAAUCUGACUUUAUAUUUGCCAAUAAUCCAUUCUCGUUGACUGGUGAGCUGUGGAAGCAGCGACGCGCUGACAUAACACCCGGCUUAACCAUGGGUCGUAUCAAGACUGUUUAUCCAGUGACAAAUGAGGUGUGUCUAAAGCUAAGCGAUUGGAUUAAUAAGCAAAUACGUCUGGGCGCGCCGGAUGGCGUCAAUGCUAAAGAUAUGUGCCUGUGCUUUACCUCAGAAAUGGUUACAGACUGUGUGCUGGGUCUAAGCGCGCAGAGUUUCACGGAUAAGCCCACGCCCAUUAUGUCGCACAUUAAGGAUCUGUUCAAUCAGCCCUGGACCUUUAUGUUGUACUUUGUUUUGGUCAGCGCUGUACCAUCGCUGCGCAAGCUGGUCAAGCUACGCUUUGUGCCACUGCCCGUGGAGCACUUUUUUGUCGACCUCAUGCAAAAUGCUUUAGAUCUACGACGCGCUCAAUUGGCAGCUGGAAAGACAUUCGAGCGUGUUGACUUCUUAGACUAUAUAAUACAAUUGGCCAACAAGAAGCAGCUGGACACCAGACAGCUAACAGCGCAUACUAUGACCUUUUUGCUGGAUGGCUUUGAAACCACAGCCACCGUGCUGAGUCAUUUGCUCUUGUUGCUGGCAAGAGAUGAGCAGGUGCAGCAACAGCUGCGUGAGGAGCUGCAGCCUCAUCUCAAUAAACAAGGUUACAUUGAGUUUGAAAAGUUGCAGGACCUGCCACUGCUAGAUGCUUGUGUGCAGGAGUCCAUACGCCUAUUUCCCCCAGCUUUUAUGUCUAACAAACUCUGCACUGAGUCCAUACAGCUGAGCAACAAGAAUGGCAAGGACUUUACAGUGGAGCCCGGCACCACCAUUGUGGUCCCACACACCUGUUUCAUGCUGGAUGAGAAACACUUCCCCAACCCACAAGCCUUUCAGCCCGAACGCUUUUUGCAACCCGAUGCCGCCAAAAUGUAUCGAGAGCGUGGGGUAUUUAUGGGCUUCGGCGAUGGCCCACGCAUCUGUCUAGGCAUGCGCUUUGCCUUGGCUCAAAUCAAGGCAGCGGUGGUUGAGGUGCUCACUAAAUUUCAGGUGCGUCCGAAUCCCAAAACUCGCAAGGACAAUUUGUAUGAGCCCACGGGCAUUAUUACUAGCCUUGAAGGCGGUAUUUGGCUAGACUUUGAGCCACUUGGGUAAAUUUCAGCUAAACCUUGUAUAUAUAUUCUAAAUUGCAAUAAAAUUUUGCUUUGCAUCUUAAAAAAAAAAAAUCCCGCCACAUUUAUCGAUAA